AAUAUUAUCAAAACUACAAUAUAUUUGUCACUACAGUAUGAUUAGACAAUAUCAAAAGGAAGUGUAAUAUUUAUUGACACUUUUAAAAUGCUGUUGGUAAUUUAUCACGUCAGUUAUUAAAAUUUAAACCGAUAAAACUGAGUCGAUAAAAUUUGACCGGCAGACCGUGAGUUUCUGUGUAUUCCCUUCUCUUUAUGCUUACGCAGCACAUUACCUUUGAGAGAUAAAGAUAUCUGAAAUUCGAAGCCGUCGGUGGAAGUUAUAUUGUAACGGGACUGAGCUUUUGAAAGUUAUAUGUUGCCGUGCUUUAGCAAUCUGUGGCAUCAUGCUUGAAGGCUACAGCCCUGUGACCCAGGCUCUGCUGGGAACCCUCUUCACCUGGGGUCUGACUGCAGCGGGGGCCGCACUGGUGUUUGUCUUCUCCAGUCGACAGAAACGCAUUUUGGAUGGAAGCUUAGGCUUUGCAGCGGGGGUCAUGUUGGCUGCCUCCUAUUGGUCCCUGCUGGCGCCGGCCAUUGAAAUGGCCGAGGAUUCUGGGAAAUACGGCUCCUUUGCCUUCGUGCCAGUGGCAGUGGGGUUCUCACUUGGAGCAGCCUUUGUAUAUUUUGCUGACCUGGCGAUGCCCCUACUGGGCAUUGGUGCUGAUCCUCACACUGCCUUGGCCCUGCCGUCUGAGCCCAGAAGGUCCAAAGAGAAAGACGAGGAACCGUCAUUCCAGCUGGAGAACUUUGAGGAGAUGAGCGUCAGGAUAGGUAGAGCUGGACUCCUCUCAGAUAAAAUGGAGAACGGAGAUGUUCACCAGAGAAGGAGGACGGCACAGCAUCCAGGCGUCCUGAAUGAACAGGAAAUGGAAAGUAAACAACAGGAAGAGGCCAGGAAAACAGGAAGUAGCUGGAGACGCAUCCUUCUCCUCAUCCUCGCUAUCACCAUCCACAACAUCCCAGAGGGUUUAGCUGUGGGAGUUGGUUUUGGAGCCAUAGGAAAGACUUCCUCUGCCACUUUUGAGAGCGCCAGAAAUUUAGCCAUUGGCAUUGGCAUCCAGAAUUUCCCAGAGGGCUUAGCGGUGAGCCUGCCUCUGCGAGGUUCGGGGGUCUCCACCUGGAAGAGCUUCUGGUACGGUCAGCUGAGUGGCAUGGUUGAGCCCGUCGCUGGGAUGUUGGGCGCUCUCGCCAUCGUUUUGGCAGAACCCUUGUUGCCGUACGCUUUGGCGUUUGCUGCCGGGGCCAUGGUCUACGUGGUGGUGGAUGACAUCAUCCCAGAAGCUCAAGUCAGUGGAAAUGGGAAGCUGGCCUCAUGGACGUCCAUCCUGGGCUUCGUAGUGAUGAUGUCACUGGACGUAGGCCUGGGCUGAGGUCACUAGGUCAAGACCUUGAUAUUAAACUGGACCCUCCAUGAUGUGGCCAUGAUGUCAUGACAUUUGAUGCAUACAUCAAUCUUACGUAGUCUAACUUGUAUAUCGGAAAUGGACGCACCCAAACGCUUUUGAAAUUGAAAUUCCUUAACAACCGACAGGGGGCGCCUCGUUUUAAUAAAUAUCCCUUGAAAAAUAAUGUUUAAUUACUUUGAUGUCCAAAAAUAUAUAUAUAUAUUAAAUUAGUGAUCUUGGUUGUUUCAAGUCCCAAAAAUUGAACGUGAUUAGUUUUAUUCCCAUUUAUUUUGGACGUUAUCUUUGGCAGCUAGCACCCCCUAGUGUCCAAAUAAACAGCUGCAGACUAUAUGUGUACAUUUCAAAAGCUCUCAAACUGACCGUAACCAGGCGAAGGAGUUCGUCUUCCAGCCAGGUCUUCUGUGUCCACCUCGGUGGUUUCCUCUAUUCCUUAUUUACACUCUUGGUGCAGAAAGGGACCAACAAGGAACUGUUGCUUCAGAAUUUUGUUUCAAACCAACACUUGAGUAGAACAAAAGUAUGUACUUGAACUAUGAGCUUUCAAGUGUGGCAGAGAUCACGAACAGGAAAUGACCUCAUAUUGCAAUACUGUAACAUGUGGCUUAUGGAUGUUUUCUUUAAUUAGACUUUUGAAGUUCUUUUCUUUGUUUAUUAUUUUAAAAUCCCUUCCACCUUGUGUAAAAGUUGUUUUGAGAUUUGAAAAAAAAAAUGACGUCAGAUGUUUUGAUUGCAGAUGUUUGAGAAACAAAAAUGAAAGAGUAAUUAUUUUUCUAAUUUUAUUUUGAAGGACAAAGUGAUUGUGGUUUAGUAACGACACAUAAAAGGCCAUCUGACUUUUUAAA